AUGGCUGGAAAAAUCGGAUCAAGUUUGCUCGAGUCGGUCAAGGUGCUUUUCUACACUUCGUCCAUUCUAGGGAUCAUUCCGUACUCGUUUCGGGAGUUCUACACCAAACAUGCGCUAAGGAUUUCCAUCGUUGGAAACAUUUGGGUGUUGGUCAACGUGGUGGGCUACUCGGUUAGCUACCACAUGGCCACCGAUGCCUCCAUCGGGAUCGGUGGCGGAGGACAAGGAACCCUAACGAACGCGAUCGGAAUCUUCAUCAUCUACAUGGAACCGCUGAUGAUGUGCAUCGAUAUGCUGGCCUCGAUGAUCAAUCAGAAACGCAUGAUCGAAUGCGUCGAGCGUUUGGAUAAGGUCGACCUGAAGCUGGCCGGUGAAAACAUCGUCGUCAACAACGGACGCCUCCGGCGCUACGUUGUCAUCCUGCUGCUGUUGGUCGUUGUCUUUGAGAGCUUUCUAACGGCGUACAACUUUGUAGAAUUUGUCGAACAGUACACACUGCAGUCGUUGAUCUGGUUCAUAACGGCUUUUCCCACGGCAAUCAAUUCGGUCAGUCGGAUUUGGUUCGUAAUUUUGGUUCAAUCCGUCCGACAUCGGUUCAGCGUAAUGAACAACCACAUGGAUCAGCUUGCUGGGUUGCUGGAGGAGCACAAUGAUCGCUGGGAGGAUGAGUUGGAGAUCGAAAAGAAUGACAUCCCUAUGAAUUAUCUGGAAAAGGAAAUCUUCACCAUUCGUACCCAGAAGAGAGGUAACGCGGUGCAGCCUCUGGUGCCUUUCAAGCAGUAUGGCCAAAAUCCACGCGGCAAGAUCAUCAGUGUGAAACCAUUCGAAAAGAGAUUGAGCGAAGAGAAGGCCCUGGCACAGAAACAAUCGAUCUUUGAGUUCCUCACGUUCGACAAGUACAUGGAAAUCGACGAGAAGCUAGACAGGAAAAUGAUUCUCAUUUGUCGCACCCACGAUGAGCUGUGCGAGAUCGGUAAAUCCGUGAACUACAUGUUCAGCUUUCAGAUGUUGGUUUCUAUGGCACAUGGCUUCAUGGCAAUCACGGCGCAGUUCUACUUUCUGUAUUGCGCCCUCUCCGGGCAGGAGGUCCCGGUACUGUUCCGAUCGGCGCAGGUGCCGGCAAUUUCCAUCAUCCAGAUCUUCUACUUCGCGGUCAAGUGUGUCGUUUGCAUCUACGUCUGCUGGAAGACCAAAACCGAAUCGCAACGGACGGGAGUUUUUAUGCACCACCUGGCCAACAUGGUGGACGAGACCCAUUUCUACCAGAUUGUUAACCACCUGUCGUUGAAGCUGCUGAAUCAUCAGUUGAAUUUCAGUGCUUGCGGUUUCUUUGAUCUCGAUAUGACUACUUUGUAUGCGAUAACCGGUGCCAUUACCAGCUAUCUGAUCAUUUUGAUUCAGUUCAACCUGGCUGCUCUACAAAAGGUGGGAAAUUCUACGGAAGAAGCCAACAACACCACGGCAAGCACUGUGGCCUCAUUGCUGAACUUGACCACGACUGCAACAACUGCCCUGAGCACCUAUGUGGCUAAUCCCUAA